UGUGUGCAGUUUGGGAAAGCGUUUGUGUGCGCUGCUGCUUUUAGUUUCGAUUACCGUAGUUAUAAGUUUUCAACAAGUGACCGUCAACAUUGGGAUAUAUUUGCCGUAUAAAAUAACUAUGGUGAAAGGAAUUUUAGAAUUUCUGACACUCGGUGUGUUGGUGUUUACAGGUAGGCCUACACAUGCCUCCUCUCCUCUUGAGCUCAACCCUCCCAGAUUGGUGGUGAGAUAUGGAGACUCAGUCUCAGUCAACUGCAGCACAUCCUCCACAGACCAUGAGGGGAUGGGCUGGGAGGCCACAUACGGAGGUACAGGUUUUGAACAAAAUGUCAACAUUGUCACCUGGACUGUGGAUAACCUUACUGAUUGGACAAUAGAACCUAAAUGCUACAUCACCCUCAAUGACGGCAACCAACUCAUAGAAGUGCUUCCAGUCAUUCUUUACAAGACUCCAGACAGCGUGUCCAUCUCUGUUCUGAGCCACUCUGGUCCCAUGGUGGAGGGGACAGAGUACCAGCUGCAGUGUGACAUCCAGAACAUCGCUCCUCAACAGAACCUGGUUGUGAAGUGGUACAAAGGGAAUGAACCCGUAGAUAAUGUAACUUACAGUAACAUCAUUAAGACACCAGUGAAUGUGUCAGCUACUCUGAUGAUCAGCCCCAGUAGAGAUGAUGAUGGAGCUCAGUAUAGAUGUAGAGCAGAACUGGACCUGGGACCAGAGGGACCACAACCCCAUCCUACAGUGACAUCAGAACCUCUCAACAUUACUGUGCACUACCCCCCAACCUUUUCCAGACCUGAAGCUGAGACCCUGGACAUUAGAGUGGGGGAGAAAAUCACCUUAAACUGCACGGCUACUGGAAGGCCCACUCCUCUGUACAGUUGGCAGUCUUCAGAUGUCCUAGAAGCUCUUUUCACCCCCUCCUCCGAGCUCCCAGGAACCUACACCUGCACUGCCUCCAAUCUGAUAGGCAAGAACAGCAAGACAUUCACUGUGAAUCCCAAACCUAAAGGGGGCCGCACAACAUUUUAUGCCAUCAUAGGAUCAGGCCUGGGCCUGGCAUUGCUGGUUGGGAUCGGCUAUUUAUUUCUCAAACAGAGAGCAGGUCGCAACUCCAUCAUCUGAGCAGGCCAGAGGAAGAGCAAUUAUAUCGCCAGUCUGACCAGCAUACUUCCUCAACAGCACUGUAUGAAUAAGAAUGGUUGCUUAUUUAAUUAUUAUGAUGAAUGGCUUCAAUCCUGCAUGGCUUAUAAAUCCAAAGAGUGCUUUCUAUUAGCCUACUCCACCCAAUGGCUUUGUGCCAUUUGGAUGUGGUGUUGCAUUGUUUUGAAUGUGGCUUGUGCUGUGUCUGUGUAAGCAUGUGGCGCGACACUACAAAGCAUUCAUUCACAGGCAUGUGUGUCCUGUUUUAUUAUUUGUUUUAUAAUCAAGCAUGCCUGAAUGUAGUCUCUCUUCUCACAGCAACUGUGUCUCUGUCACGGAGGUAAAGCAGCUGUGAAAAGAGACUAGCCUGAUCGCUGUAGUCUGAUGACAGCACCAAGUGACCUUAUGUGACUGCACAGUGAGAAAUGAGCCAUGCAAUGCAUCACUUCCUAUCUAAUGCUUUUUUUUGUUGUUGCUCUAAAUUGGUGGUACCAGAGCAUUUUAACUGAUUAAGUUCGCUAUUCCAAAAGCCACAGGCAGCUUCUCUCCUCAUUAUUGCUCAUUUUGUUCUCUGCCCACACUCUUCCACUUUAUUUCUCUCUUUUACCAUCACAGCACCCUUGAUUCUCAGUAUUGUCAGUAUGCUUGAUGAUAGCUUUAAUCAUUGGUCUUUCACUUUCUCAACCUAUAUCUGUGGACCAUAGGGAAGUGAACAUGCAUACCGUCAUGAACCCCAUGGACAGUCUCCUGCACACAGGCUCAGGGCUGUGAAGAGAGAAAGGCGAAGUCCACUAAUGUGUUUUAUCUAUAUCAGGUGUUAUCUCAGGUGAAUAGGCUACACAGUCAUAUCUCACCAUAGCUGGCUCACAUGGUACUUUACGAAGUUACCAUACUGUGUGUUACUUGAAACAAUGCCCUGAGAUGAUGAUGUUACUUGCCACUUCUUUCUGUUUUGACAAGAGUGCAGUGGCACAGUCCUUCAUCGUUGUCUUUUUUGUUGAAUCACGAUCAGAGAUUUGUGUUGAUUUUUUAUGACAAGUUUUAAAACCAAUUUAUGCUAGAUAUUUCAAGGUAUGAUUACAGUGUGAAGCGCAAGGUAUGUUCAGUUCACAUCGCACAGGGCUGGAAUAGCAUUGGUAUGGUUGGAAAUUGUGCUUGUAAGGUGCACACCACACUAUUUGAGUUGCACUAGCUUUUUACAUGUGUAUUGUGUCGCUAACCAAUGACGUGUUUAUUGUCAAUUUUAUUUCAGCACUGAAUGUUGUUAUAUCCUCUCCUUAACAGUCGCUAACACUCAUUCUCUACUUUAUUUAUACUUUUUUUGUCAGCUUGCUUAUGUUUAUAUGACCUCUGUGAUGUAUGUGAGGGUUUCCAUCUGACUGCUCUUCCGUUCAGACAUUUAGUUCUCUCUUCGGAAUGCUGAUACUGUCAGGCUCAGCAUUGUGUCAGAGAUUCAGUUUCAGGCAGUGUUCUACUGCAACCUAUUUAGGUGAGAAUGAUUGUGUCUUUAAUUUCCAUUUCAAUAGCGCUGUAACAUUGGUUUAAAGGUUUGAAUCGACAAUGUAGGUGAUGUUUACCAUGCAUACACAGCAUUCACUGUCAAACAUCAACCAGCUAUACUCAUUGAGUUAAAGUUUUGAAAGAAUCAGUCUUUCACUGUGACAUGUUCCUCUACUAUCUUUUGUAUGCCAUUGUGAACCUUUCUCUCAUUGUCUCCCAUACAUCACUGUAGCAGUGACACUUCCAUACUAGUCAGUGCAAACUAAGGUCAAUGUAAAGCAAAGCAUGAAAGUCCAUCUGUUAUCCUGCCCAAGGUGGCUCAUAUAAAUACUUCCUUUUUCA